CCCCUCGUAUAUCCUAUUCCCCGUAUUUCCCUAGUUGACCGUUGGCAGCGGGAAUCACAAGUGGCCCUGACGAUCUUCUCCGACAGCCGCGGUCCAAAUUCCCCCAAACUUCCACCACACGCCCACUUCUCGGCCCUUUCCACAAGGGCACGAGACGCCUUGCACACGCUUCAUCCCAACAUUUCUAGAUGAAUAUCACCAUUCAUCUAGUCAAUAUCCUCUCCUUUCAACUCCGGCGAUUGUCGCAUGCGUGAUCGGGAAAGCAUUGCCUUUUCCGACAGGGACCUAAACAGGAAGGACUACCAGAAGAAGGGAAACAGGCACACUAAACGGCCAUAUCCUCGACGGGACAACAUCCAAUUUCCCUAGUCGAAAACGCCCCGGCACAUACUCGAAAGACUAACCCGCACCCCUUUUGUCCUCCAUCCCAUUCCGACCAUUGUCAUUCGUCCUUCUUUCCUUAUUCCCUUUCUGCUUCGCCGCGCGCUCUCCAUGAGGCUCGUCCACGCCAGCCGAUGCCCGACCCCGCUCCCAUGAAGACAGGGCAGACUACCGGACCGCUUCUUCUCGCAUCAGCAUGUCGGAUUCAGUAGAUCGCGUCUUCGUCCAUGCCUUGAAUACCGUGAAGAGGAUUCCCCGGACGGGAACCGCGCGCCCGCCGGCCGCGGAGCGGUUGAAGCUAUAUGGCUUGUAUAAACAGAGCAUGGAGGGGGAUGUGGAGGGUGUCAUGGAUCGUCCGAUAGGGAAUACCCCGGAGGUACACGCGGAGUGCGAGAAGUGGGACGCCUGGUACGCUCAGCGCGGACUCACGCGCACCGAAGCCAAACGCCGCUACAUCGGCACCCUCAUCGACACCAUGCAUCGCUAUGCCUCACAAACCCCCGAAGCCCGUGAACUCGUCUCCGAACUCGAGUUCGUCUGGGAUCAGAUCAAAUACAACGCCUCCUCCUCAUCCUCCUCCUCCCCACUCAACGCCGUCGGCGUCCCACCCUUAUCACAACAUCACAGCAGCGCAUACGGCAGUAUAGGCGGACGACUCGCGCAAUCACCCUCCGAACAAUAUGAAAGACCAGACAUGCGAGCAGACGAUGCCCGCGACUCACGCCUCCGCGUCCUCAGCCCCGUCAGCCAACCCGAAGAAGAAGAAUAUUACCGCCGUCGACAAUCUGGAGAUCCCCUCAACGAAGAUGAAAUAGAAGACGAAGAUGAAGACGAAGAAUACGAAGAAGCCCGCGAUAGUCUAUACGAACCCCCAGACAACGCAUCCACAAAUACAGAUACACAUACACACACUGGCACAGACCGGACAACCUCCCACGGCGACCGCCGCGCCCGCUCCCACAGCAGACACAAAUCCACCUCCGGCGCCAGCGACGGCACAAGCCUAAACGGCCCGGACUCACAAGACCCCUCCCACCCCCGAAACAGCCGCUGGCGCCGGCGCGUCGAACAAGCCCUCACCAAAAUGACGGCGGAAAUAGCCGCUGUCCGCGAGCAGAUGGAGGCGCGCACAUUGGCGCAUCGUCGUCGGUCGGGCGUUUGGGCUUGGUUAAAGUGGAUGCUUUGGGUUGUUGUAAGGCAGAUUAUUUGGGAUGUGGCCCUAUUGGGUGUGUUGUUGAUUUGGAUGCGGAUGCGUGGGGAUCGGAGACUUGAGGUGAAGUUGAGGGAAGGGUGGUCUGGUGUUAAGGCGAGGUUGGGGCGGGUUAAGCUUCUUAGGCGUAUGCCUGUCAUGCCGUAAGUUUGUGGUAUGUAUACCGGUUGAUACCUACCUGCUUCUUGCCUCCUCCUUCAUACUACCCUCCUUGCGACUGGUGUGUUGAUAUUGGAUCAUCACGAUUGGGGAUUGGCUGGCUAUUUUGCAUCUUUUUCGAUUUUGAUUACCCCCCUCGUUGUCACCAUUUGAGGAGUUCUUGUUACACCUGUUACGUAUUGUCUAUUUUCUUUUGUUCUGUACAUAUGGGUUCGAAUUUGAGGCUCUGGUGUUUUCUUCUCUUUAUUUCUUUUCUUUUGGUUUUCCUUUUAUCAUGUGGUUUGAUAUUGAGUGUUGUAUAUUGUGGUCUUAGAUAUCUAUAGACUAAGUAGAGGGGU